AUGGCCGAGGGAAGCUCGACCCAAAAGGUCUGGACCUUGGAAGCAAUCCGCGACUGGGCCCUUAAUGUGUUCCCCGAUGCGUUCGAGGCGCUACCCAAUGUCGCAACCCUCGAUUUUGAGAACUUGGAUGCCGAGAGGAUAAAGAACUCACACUUCCGACUCCCCACGAGUGUUACAAGCAAAUUGCUGGUCAUCGGACUGUACGACGGCUUUGUAUCAGGUCCAAAAGACAAGGUACUCGCCUUCCUCCAUGGCGAGCAUUGCAGUGAAGUGGGGUAUAUCCGGGAAUGGUCCAACUCGACUUCGAAGUACUACAUCAAGGUUUCCUUAGAGGCAAUGACCAGAGUGGACGUUGAGGAGCCUCUGUGCAACAUUGCCGACGGAACGCAGAGGGCCACAUUGACGAGACUGAAAACACUUGUGUGUUAUUACUUUUUGGCAUCUGGACAGAUCUCCCAGUUCGGUGACUACGAACCUUUCACGAGAGAGUUUCAAAAAGCGUGUGUCAUGAUACAGCAUGGACAGGUCAAAUCGGCCGGCUCGCGCUCAAAACCAGGACAUCAUUUCCCGUACUCUCAAGUUCCUAUGGAUGCCACUGUUAGCGCUCAUGAUGUUUCCGAAACCGACACGGUCUUCGCGAAGACAGAAGAUCUUGGUCAUUUCAUGUCCGAUGAUACCACUGUUACCUCGCCUGUAGACCUCUCUGACGCCCCGAUAUUAUCCGGGACCUCAACUAUUGCUAAGCAAGCUGGGAAACGUCAGCCUCCCGACAGAGCAAGCGUUGAAUACAUGCUCCGUAACGUCAACAUGGCAUACACGAAGCUGGAGAAAGGCAGCAAGCGCCUGAAACUCGACAUGAACGAGGCCCGAGCCAGAGACGCGGAACUUAUCACGGAGCUCAGAGCCGAGAACUCGAAGUUAAUGGCCAGGCUCAAGGAGCUUUCGGCCCAGGAUGCUGGUUCAAGGGAAACCAUUGGGAAGUCCAUCAUGGAGAGGAACGAAAUGCAGGAUCCUACCGAGUCGCAUAACGAGAAGGACGGAUACGCCCUAGCUCAGCUGCAUAACAUCCACAAGUGGCGUCUUGCAAAAGCCCAGGAAGACCUCAGACAAGCGGGGCGAAAGGCGAAAAAAAUCUUCACGUCCACGGAAGAGUCAUAUGCAUCAUAUUCACAAGAGAUAAAGCAGCUUCAAGCGGAACUCCAAAAGGAGUCGGCACGUGCAGAUGCAGCCGAGAAGAAGCUGGCAGAAGUCCGAGCUUGUGUUGGAUACCGAGAUUAG